AGGGUUUAGUUGAACAGUUGCUAUUGUAUAGAACAGUUGAUGAAGGGUUUUGCAGAUUUUCAGAGAGAUAUUUGAAUUUAGCUUUGUUCUUUUGCUCUUUUUUCUUGAAUUUGAGGUUGGGAGUUUGGAAUUUCAGGUCCUCGGGGAGAGCGAUGGAUUUCAAUGUGAUCUUUAGUCUUUCUUCAUGAACUGGAAGUGGGUAUUUGGAAUUAUAGUUUUCUUUUUUUCCGGCAGAGAUUUGAAUUUUAGAUGUGUUGCUCUUUCCAUGUGCAUCUGAUUUUCUUCUAACAUCUUUCUUACUGUAGAUGGGGUGUUAAGAAGCCUCAAAUCAUGAAAAAUUUUGUCACGAUCUUGUCGAAUGCAAGUUUUGGGAUGGCCAUGUUCGGUCUCGGUAAGAUCAUUGAUAUGCUCAUCAUGUUCAGUCUCGGUAAGAUCAUUGAUAUGCUCAUUCGAUGUGAGGGGUGUCAUCAAGAAAUAUGACAGUCCCGAACAAAUUCUUGAAGAAUUCUUUCAUUUAAGACUUGAGUUCUAUGUAAAGAGAAAGAAAGUAAUGUUGGAUAAUCUUGAAAGAAAGCUGUUGAGAUUGUCUAACAAAGUCAGAUUCAUCAUUGGGGUGGUAGAAGGAGAGAUUAUUGUGAGUAACAGGAAGAGAGCAGAUCUGGUCCUUGAGUUGCAGUAG